AUGGCGACCUUGCCACGGUCAGCGACCAAAUCCUCAAUCCUAGCCAGACCAACAACCGAUUUCGAUAGCGGGAUCAAUUCCUCCGCCGCUUGGACAGAGUCCAAUAAGCCUUCAAUUCCGCAAGGACCCAGCACGCGCAGGUAUCUUUCAGAAUCCCACCUUCAAUCGCACGGAUCGCUCUCGGACGACGAAUUCGACGAUGGAGGCGACGAGUUAGAGGAACCGGCGCGUAAAGCCCGCGCCUUGUUCGACUUUCAGGGCAAACCCGAAUUUCGUGAACUCGACGUGAACGCUGGAGACCCCAUCGACGUGCUCAAGGAGGACGUGGGCGAAGGAUGGAGUCUGGUGCGCAACGAGAGCGGCGAGAUGGGGUUGCUACCUCAGACGUACUAUACGUUUACCUCUGAACUAAGUGCUGCUCCUGACCUCGAGAUCGACAGCUCUCCCAAUGCAAAGCAGUAUCCUAAGCAACGAGAACCCUCCAGCGACAGUAUCACACCCCGAGGUUCUCCCAGAAACUCCCAAGCAGCACUACCGCUCUUCCCUCAGAACACCGGCGAAUGGCAGGCCUUCCCAAACUUCCGACGCAGUCUAUUGGGUGGAAAGUCCUUGAAUAGGUUCUCUGCGUUUGUGACAAGCGGUGCAGAGGAGUUCGUUCUCAAAGGCUCUCCUGUUCAACCCGAGGAGGACGCUGAACCGACGAUAUCUCACGGCAAGGAAGACUCGACCGCCUCACUUGACGAAGAGGAACAGAACCGCCUCAGCCGCGUUGAAUCAGACAGACACUUCGUCGACCCCGGUCCUACAUGGAAGGAAAAAGUUGGGCCUUUCCGUGUCCUGGUGCAUUCCCCUUCGAAACGCACGUCCUUGCUUUCUGGCGCCUACACGGUAUACAGCAUCACCUCCCUCUUCCAUGAAUCGGACACGGAUGAAGAAGCUAUCGCUCGCGUUACAGUACAUCGCCGGUUCUCGCAUUUCGUUGUUCUGCAUACAGCCUUGACGAGGAGGUUACCCGGGAUUGCGUUACCUCCGCUUCCAGAGAAGCAGUAUGCGGGGAGGUUUAGUGCUGAUUUUGUUGAAGCCAGACGCGGUGAUCUGGAACGAUACAUGAACAAGAUUGUGAAGCAUCCAAUUGCUCGAUACGCAGAAAUUGUGACGUUCUUCCUCAGUUGCGAGAGUGACAGCGAAUGGAAACACCUUCUACCAGAGCACCUCGCAAUGCCUCCAGCUGGGCCAUCCUUCUACGCUCGAGUGUACCACCCCGCCUUCAAUGUCGAUGCAGACGAGGCCCAGGAUUCUGUGGGGCUAUUUGAAGCGCACACCAAGGCAGUGGAUAAAGGGAAUACGGGAGGCCCGAGUCGGUUCGUGCUUCAUUCAAUCCCCUCGUCCCAUUUGGACCUGACAAAACACGCUGCCAGAAAUGUCCAAGGCAGAAAGGCUACUUUCGUAUUCACUACUGUCAUUGAUCACAUCCAAGCCCAUGGCGUCUGGCUCCAGCAUCCAGGAAUCACCGAGCAGUCGAGUGACCAGCAUUCCGCCAGAGCGUCCAAAAGGGUUGAUGAAUGGGGAGGGAGCCUGGUGCUGGCGGGACAAUUGACCAAGGCCAUGCAAAAGACUUCAGAGACGCUCCAGAGCGUUGCGGACCUCUAUGAUGACCACGCUCGACGGACCCAGUUGGCAACCCAUGAAUAUCUUAAGACGAUGGCGCAUCCUUCAUCCAUCUACGAGGGUGUGAUAACUACCCAUCGCGAGACACUUACGCGGUGGAACGAAGCUGUAUAUGGAAACAUGCCCGACGAAGAUGUUGCUGCGCGUUGCGAAACCGUCCUCAACAUCACCAUGGCCGAAAUGAACACCUACCACACACAGAAAGUCGAUGACUUCCGCACCCUAGCUGUUGAUCACCUCGACGGGGAGAUCCAUUUCUACGAACAAAUAGUCGCUCGCCUCAAAGCUGCCCGUCAGAAUUUCGACCCUGAUCAGCUAGAAGAACUUGGAACUUCACCUCGGAAAUCGUCCAUCUAUGAACGCGAGUUGGAUCAACCACGGUUGGACCCUACACCUCUGCCCCAACCUUGUCCUCAUGUGUAUGACUCUACUCCGAUGCGCCCGGUUAGUGUUGCGAUCCAGGAAGGGGUGAAUUUGUUCUUGGGGUCUGAAGGGCGGGGGAGUGUGUUUAGUAAACUGUGGUCCCAUUAG